AACUCUAGUUAGUUAUUUACAGUGAAAAUAAACUAUCCUUUUGUGAGACGUACAAAAAUCAGUUAUUUUGUGCAAAGAAGUCCAGUGCUUGAAGUCAUGCUAUUGUUACAUCUGUAACCACAAUUUUAGCUGACUAUAACAUUGAUGAUGGGAGAGAAAAUUCUGCUCGCUUUAGAUUUUGACCAUACAGUGAUUGAUGAAAACAGUGACCUUUUUGUGAUUCGUCUUGCUCCAAAUGGGGAGCUACCGCAAAAAAUCAAAGGCUUCUAUAGUGACAAUGGCUGGAUUGAAUAUAUGGGCGAGAUCUUUAAGUUUCUACAUAUUCACGGGGUAAAACCAGACAACUUCAAGGAAUGUCUUUCCUCAAUCCCUCUGACUCUGGGAAUGGAAGAACUCUUUGCUUUUAUCAAAGGCAGCGACAAGUUUGAAACGGUCAUCAUUUCCGACUCCAAUUCCAUUUUCAUCGAUACGAUUCUCGAAAGGUUUGGUCUGAAGGACACUGUCACUCAAGUCUUCACGAAUCCGGCUAUGUUUGACCAGAAUGGACUCCUGACAAUACAGUACUACCACACCCAAGACUGGUGCUCGCUCAGCACCGUAAAUCUCUGUAAAGGACACAUCCUUCAAGAAUUCAUCAAGGAAAGAAAGCAGAAAGGUGUGACCUUCUCGACGGUGAUCUACAUCGGGGACGGGUCCAAUGAUCUGUGUCCCGGGUUGUCCUUGAGCCAACAGGACUAUCUCUGUCCUCGUGUGGGAUUCUCCCUUUGGAGAAAAGUUAAUAAACUGAUGAAAGAAGAUGAGAAGACGAAGUCGCUAAAAGCUCGGAUCUACCCCUGGGAAUCCGGCAGUGAUAUUGUGGGACUUAUCAAGAAUAUUUCGCCCUAGAAUACAAAUUUUCCUACAGAGACAUGUGAUGCAAUUUAGAAAAACAAAUUAUGAAUGCUGAAGUGAUGCUGGACGUGUCAAGCCCAAGGAUGCAAAUGUUUGUACAAAGAUAUAGAUGAAUUUUUUAAAAUAACAAGUUGCCUGUUAUUUCAAAUGUGGAAUUCAUGUUUUCUGUCUUGCAAAUUAGAAGAAGAAAGCAAAUUGUCUGUCUUAGAUGUUGUUGUGCAUGUGUUAGUUUUAAGUUCACAUGUACUAAAAGUUUGUGUAUUUCAGUUUAAAAUGAUGGGAUGCAUAUAACAUGAUUUGGGACGAGGCAGACAUAUUACAUGUAUUAGAUGUAUAUCAUAAUAUGUGUAUGUUUCAGUGUUACUUUUGCAUCAUGUUUGUGUUUUCUGGAUCACAGAUGAAAAACACUUGAUGAGAUUAUUUAUAAUGAUCUGUCUGUACAUACUAUCCUUAGGAAGGGGAAGAAAUGUCAGCCUCUUACUCAAUCACUUAAUGGCUUUAGUUCAGUUAACUGUAUAUAAAAGUACUCUAGUUGUAGUACUUGUACUUAUGUCAUAAUCAUCAUUAUAAUAAUUAUGAUUGUUAUAUUUCCAUAUAUAUUUCCAUGGCAAUAAGAAUGAAACAUAUCUUGACUGUUGUCUAUUAUUUAGGAUCUUCUUUUCUUCCAGUACAUCAUUAGAUUGAGGUUAUCACUCUUGUGUGUUUUGGGAUGGUAAAUAUCCUUUUGAGAGCCUUGGGCUAGUUCAAAUGCAGCACAGAUAUUGAAGCACCAAGUUAAAGAUUCUCAUGGUUAAUGAAUGUACGGUAUGAAAUUCCUUGCAGCAUAUUUGUAUUGUUUUUAUUUUCAUUUAUUUAUUUUUACUUUUAAGCUGUAUUUGAUGACAGUAGUUUGUUCUGUGAUGUGCUGACUCGUACAUUAUUUGUAACGAAUAUCCAGUUACUUGUGCAUUAUCCUUAACAUAAUCAAGAGUGAGAUUCUGACAUGGAGAAGUCUGACAGACAUGGUGCAUCAUGAUGACCAAAUAUAUUCCCAACUCAAGUGAUUCCUUUAAAAGAUGCCUGUGUUAUUGAGCAUGUUGAGUAUUAGAACCACUAGCCAUAUCAAGAGGUUUCAAAUGAUAAAAUCCUGGGUGUCAAAUUAGGAGGUAAACCUGUGUUUUUAAAUUUGAGGCUGUCUAACUGUAACUUAGAUACGUCUUACUUUAAAUUUGGAACUGAGGGUUUUAACACAGGUUGUAAAUGUCAUUUUCCUGGGCAAGGGAGGUAACUGUCUAUAAGAGUCCAGUUUCCACCCUUGUCGAACUAGGCUCGAUUUUCUGGGCUCGAUCGUAGCUCCACCAGUGGCAAUUACGAGUUAUGUCCCUUCUAUGUCCCUCCUAUUGACCAAUCAGAUUCCACCUCUCAUAUCACUUGCAUUUGCUUCAAACAAAAUGGCGGUGCCCUAUCUGAUUGAUAAUCCAAUUCUAUGUGGGAAUCAAAUGGGUCUUUCUUUGCGAAGUGCAUCAUAUCAUGUGUGCACCUUGAUUAAAAACAGGAAAAGAUUUGGAAAAUAUCUGUUGACUUCGAGUUGGCGGUACACAUGCUUUACAAAUCCUGCAAUUGACCAAAUCUGGACAAUGCAAAGGCUCGUUAGCCCAGCCAAAAUAUAACUCCAUAAUACCGGCAUAGUUUGGCAAGGGUGGAACUGGACUUUUAUAGUCAGUUAACUCCCUUGCCUCGUGAAGAUGGUAAAUGUAUAUAUAAGAGAUUACUCAAUAACACCCUCAGUCUAUGCAGGCAAAACAAUGUAAAUACAGAAGUGGUUUUCUCUAUUACAAAUAAUUGUGAGACAAAAAAUGUCUUGAAACAGGUUUUAUGUGAAGUUUUGGUUUCUGUGUUUGAAUUUUCAUGUGAUGUUUGUUUAUCUGUUUUAAAUUUUGAAUGUCAUGAACAAUCUUCAACAAGUGACAAAUCUAACAUGUCAUUUUUUUUAUGAAAUAACAAAUGCAUAUCUGUAAUGUGUAUUCAGUAUAUUAUUCCUACAUUGUCAUGUUCAAGGAUAUUGUAUGUAAGACAACUAACGUAGGCAGCACUUUGUUAAUUUUGGGAUUACAGAUUUCUUGCUAACCAAUUAGCUUGAAAGUAAGGAGGAUUUACAGUAGAACAUGGCUACAUCAAACAAGGAACCGGAGAAAUCGGUUUGCUAUAUAUUGUUUGUUAUAAUCAUUGUUUGUUAUAUACUGUAAAUCCUGAAAAUAAUGCGAGCUUGAAUUAAAUGCGAAAUAUGUGAGUGGUGUUUGCGCGCAUUAACUAAACCUUAUACUUGCCAGUUAACCGAAUAAACACAUAAACUGUGCUUUUAGGAAAACACUAUAUUGUUUUUGCGGAUGUGCUCUACUCAGCGCUAAUAAGCGGUGUUAUUUGCUGUUUGUUUGGAUUAAGGUCAGGUUGGAUUAAGGUAAGGAUAUGUACCAUUCCACUGGGGAUGGGGUGGGUUGAGUCAUAUUAAUAUUAACAUUUUUGGCUAGAGGUCAGCCGUCGUAUUAAUUCGGAGACGCAUUUAUUUCAAUAUUUACAGUACAUGUUCUCUCAGACAUGUUUACCAUAUUUGCUGAAACAAUAACUGCAGCAUUGUAUUAGCUGUGGUCAUUCCAUAACAUUCAUUUUAUAACAUUGCAGCCUGCACAAUUUUCAUAUUUAAGAAAGCUGCGAGAUAAAUCGCAAAGAACAAUGAAGAAUGAAGCGUGGUUUAUUUCACAAUAAAAAUUUGCUUCAUGACGUCAUUUCUGGAGAUAUGAAUAAGCGCUCGCAACUUGUUGACGUCAUAUAUUGGACGACGUUAUGUUUUUUUAGGGAAGUGUCUAGUAAGUUGUUCCACAUAGAAGUAGCUAGGUUACGCAGAUAAACGGGAAAUACAGGAAAUACCAAACUUAACCCACCUAUUCGUAAAGUGUCCAACAUUUCCGAGGUCAGAUUCUAUUCAGUGGGGUCAUCAUUAUUAAAAUUUGGGUAAAUGUUUUUAAAGCUUGUACAUUUUAUCAACAUCCUUAAAGAGGCUUUGGAGGCCCAGUCGUCUAAGCCGCUGUGAUUCGCUGUGCAGAGUUGU